AUGACGGCGCCUCUACAAACUACCACGCCACAUGACACCGUCGUCCUCCCCGCAUCCCAGAACACGGCGCCUGUGGCUGAAUACCGCUGUCUCUUCACCCACGACGUCAGACGAAAGCAGAAACGAUGGCAAGAUGGCUACCUCAGAUUCCACUCCUUCAACCACCGAGUCAUGGUCUAUGACGAAUCGCGCAACUUCCUCGGCGACACGUACUACAAGGACAGCAGCGAGCUGCAGGAAGGAGACCAGCUUAACCUCGACAAGGGCAUCAUGAUCGAGGUGGCAGAAGCCAUUGGCGUCACCCAGACCGAUCUGACGCCCCUGUUCGAGAAGAAGCUCAAAGAAAUACCGGCGCGUCCAACGACUGUUGCCUCUCAGACACGACCUUUCCAGCGGCCAUCGGUAGUAGCCUCAAGCAUUGUGCAGCGGAACACAUCACAGCUGCCCCACAAAUCACUCAAUACCUUAUUGGGAACACCAAAAGGUCCACUCGGGAAGGCGCAGCCCAUGCAGUCCCCAUUCGAGGCACGCAAAGCAAAGGACAAGGAGAACCGCGUUGACGCAGGACCAUCAGCGCAACGGCCGAAGCUCCCCCGGCCUGCAUCGCCUUGGAGAGCCUCUAGUCCGACACAAGAGGAGAGUCCUAUCGCGAAGAGAGCCGUCUCAUGUUUACCACAAUCACCAGCUGCCCAAGCUGUCCAGAAACUCCCUUCUUUGAUUCCACCAGUUGCGAAUGUCUUCCAUGUCGAAUCUGAGCCCAAAUUGUUGCCUACCGUCUCUCCCGAUAUGACUGUGUCAAAUACAUCAACAAUGGUAGCUAAAACAGGAGCAAAGCUUCAUUUCGCCUCCAAAACUGUACCUGCGUCAAAGACUAAUCAUCAGUCCACCAUGGUACCCGGUAGGCGUUCAGUGCAGACGCCAAAGAUUUCUCGGGGCAAAACACCAGUGCUCCUCGCGAGAACUUUGGAAACUCCCCGACACCCUGCUCCAAGAUCAUCACCUCCAGUGAGUGUCUCGAACCGGCUGGCCAACGUCGAAAAUUCAGUCCAAACCCUUGAAGUACCGCUGGAGAGGCCUGUCCCGGCGUCUUCGCUGCCACGAAACCCCAAAACCAAGUCAUUACGAUUAUCAGCUGGAGUCAUGCGGGGAACACUAAUAUGUCAGACGCUGCCAUCCUUGACAUCGAAGAUGUAUAGUGAGUCAAGACCACCUGGCACAGUGCAAGAAAUUGGGCGACUGUCGUGCAGCAUUAGCAGAGAUUCUUCACCUGUCGUUCCUGACAUAGGGAACUCACGCUGCGGGAAGAGUAAGACCAAACUCUCUGAGGUCCCACCAAAGUUGAGUAGUAAGCGAAAGAAGGCGCAGAGGCCAGUGGGAAAACCUGUGAAGCGAACGAGGAUUGCCCCAACGCCACCAGAGCCAACGUUGGCCAUGUUUGACGAUCCAGAACUCACACACGGCAUGAUGGAUGAAUCUCUUCUUGCGCUUUCUCCGCCCAUGUCGCUGCUCACAUAUAAUACAGAAGCAACCCCGAAGCCCUCCAAAACGAAGAUUAUUACAGUGGGUAAGUUAGCAGGGAAGCAGCAAGAUGUACAAGAAUGCGUCAUUCUUGACGUGCCCACCAAAACCUCCCCACUGCAAAAUUCGCGAGGGAGAAUAUUCCCGCAGGAAUCUCCCACAGCGGAUUCAAAAGCAGCCCUUGAAACUACGGUCCCAUCCCGUAUAAUCAAGACACCAGACACCUUGUCCCUCGCCGUCUCACCAGCACAUGCCGAUACCACCUCUACCCGCUCCCGAACCUCGUCUACUUCCCCCAAGAAUUCCGCUCUAUCCACUGGCGCCUUCAGCAAGAAACCAAAACUGGGCUUAAACGACAUGCCCGCUCCCCAUUCAUUUCACCAUGACAAGACUGUUGUCUUACUACCUUACCCCCUCCACGCCGCUCCAAAAAGUUCUCUGAUGAGCACCACUGAACUCCAUACACUCCUUCAAACAUCGAAAAAACCCAAGAAACCCGGGACAGAUUAUAUAGAAGAAACUAAAAUUUCACCGAAAACCUGCAAAUCCGAAAGCCGCAGCUUUCGGCGCGUGCGAAGCGAGAACGAUGCGCCCAUCCCCAGCGCAGUCAAAGACUGGGAGAAGCGGAAUCUUCCACUGCAAAGGAUAUCGAGUGCGCUGACUGAAGUUUCUGAAUUAACCAUGGACACGAUGGUUUCAACCAUUGGGGAGACAGUAGUGGACAAGGGAAUAAGGCUGCCGGCAUCAAAGAAGAAGGAUCCAGGUCGCAUAAUCAAACGCACGCAGAGUUUGAGGGUACAAUCAGAUGGAUUAUCCGCGACUACAGCACAAGUCGAUGUUCUUACUCCGCUGAUUGAUCAAGACGUGGGGCCAUGGAGUAUAGAGGCGGGAGAUUUGUUUGAUUGGAAACCGCCGGGGCGGUGA